AUGACAGAGUUGAAGGGGCUCCCCGAGGAGUCCCUCGAAUUGCAGACCACCCUCAGUGCCAACCAGCUCGGACAGGUUGAGAAUGUCGACAACCUUCACCGUUCGCUCUGCAACCGCCAGAUUCAACUCAUUGCCAUCGGAGGCACCAUUGGUACGGCUCUCUUCGUCAGUAUCGGCUGGGCAUUGCUCGAGGGUGGUCCGGGCUCGAUGCUGCUUUCGUUUUUGUUCUAUGCCUGCGUCCUCGGUUGCAUCAACAGCAGUCUGGCGGAAAUGACAGUCUACAUGCCGGUGUCUGGGUCCUUCAUCCGGUUCGCGGGCAAGUGGGUGGACGACUCCUUCGGCUUCGUUGCCGGCUGGAACUUCUUCCUCUACGAAGCCAUCCUGAUCCCAUUCGAGAUUUCGGCCCUCAACCUCGUCCUGACGUUUUGGAGGGACGACAUCCCGGUAUGGGCCGUCUGUUUGGCCUGCAUCGUCCUCUACGCCCUGAUCAAUAUCUUUGCGGUCCGCUGGUUUGGCGAGGCUGAGUUCUGGUUAUCCUUGGGCAAGGUGUUCCUGGUUUUCAUCCUGUUCUUUUUCACCUUCAUCACCAUGGUAGGCGGCAAUCCGAAGCACGACGCAUACGGGUUCCGUUAUUGGAACAAUCCAGGCGCCUUCGCAGAGUACAUCACCACCGGUUCGUUGGGAAGGUUCGAGGGCUUCUUGGGUGCUCUGUUCGUGGCAGCUUUUACCAUUUGCGGCCCAGAAUACAUCGCGAUGGUUUCCGCAGAGGCGGUGUAUCCGCGGAUCACAAUCAAGGCAGCGUUCAAGACAGUAUACUGGAGAUUCGGCUGCUUCUUCAUCUUGGGAGCGCUGUGUGUCGGCAUUGUCCUACCGUACAAUAGUGCCACCCUGAUCCACGUCCUCAACACCCAAGGCGGUUCCACGGGAGCGUCAUCUCCCUACAUUAUCGCAAUGCAAAAUCUCGGUAUCACAGGCCUGCCUCACCUCGUCAACGCACUGCUGUUGACAAGCAUCUUCUCCGCGGGCAACUCUUACUGUUAUAUGGCGACCCGUUCACUGUACAGUCUCUCUCUCCAAGGCCAGGCACCCAGAUUCUUGCAGGCAACGACCGCGAGCGGCGUCCCGUACUGGUGCUUCGCCAUUACCAUGGUAUUCCCGUUCUUGAGCUUCUUGCAAGUCAGCAAGGGGUCGGCGACUGCGAUCAAAUGGCUCGUCAACCUUGUCACGGCCUCACAGGUGCUCAAUUAUGUCUUUAUGGGGACAACGUACCUCUUCUUCUACCGUGCUCUGAAGGCGCAGGGCAUUGACCGCAGAACACUCCCGUACCGAGGCUGGUGCCAACCGUACCUCAACUGCUUCGGCUUGGUCUUUGUUACCAUCAUUGUCUUCAUCCAAGGCUACACGGUUUUCCUUCCCGGAUUCUGGGACGUUGGGACCUUUUUCACCUACUACACCAUGAUUUUUGUAUGCGCGGUCCUAUAUGUGGGAUGGAAGUUGAUCAAGAGAACGAAGGUCGUCAAACCGCAUGAGGCAGACCUGGUGUGGGAUAAGCCGGUCAUCGACGCCUACGAACAGGGCAUCGAUCCGCCCUUGGGCAUUUGGGAGGAUGUUUGGACAUCGGCUCUCGACAUGUUCAAGAUCAGGGGCAGAAAGCACAACGAAGGUGGUUCCGUAUAA